UUCUUCUCGCCGCUUCGUAAAACGAAUUUUUGUUGUUUUUUUUUUUUUCGUUUUCCACUAACGGUGAACAAUUUAUUUAUUCAAUAAAAUGGCUUGGACUUACGAUGCGAUAAUUGGGUUCAGCAAUGGAAUGUUAAAAGGUGUUGAGCUUAAAAAAAACAAGUUUAAAUACACUAAUUUAUUGGAUGCAUCUUUAACGCUAAAUACUCUUAGCAAUUAUGAUGAAAACAAAACUAUAAUAAGUUCAAAAAGAAAAAUUUUAUUAUUCGAUUUGAAAAAUAAAAAAGUGUCUAAAAAAUAUCUUAUUCGAGAAUCUGGAAAUAUUAUUGGUGUUUUUAAAAAUAAUGAUGUUUUAAUUGCUGGUGUGGACAAUGGAAUGGUGGUAGUUAAACCUAUCAAACAAAUUAAAGCUGUUUCAGACAAAAUAAUUACUGGAUCACAUUUAUCAUGUGUUAGACAAGUUCUUACAUUAAAUAAACUUGCAACAGGAGGAAAUGAAAAUCCGUUAAAAAUAUGGGAUUUAGAAACAAAACAGACUGAAUUCACUGCUAAAAGUCCUAAACCAGAUAUGCUUCAACUCAAACAACCUUGUUAUGUGUCUGAUAUUCAAUUUUUUAACAAUAAUAAAGCAGUAGUUGCUCAUAGACAUGGAGUGGUUGAUUUACAUGAUCCAUUGUCUAGUCAAAGACGACCAGUGGCAUCUUGUAAAGCAGAAAACACAGGUUUUGUCAGCUUAAGAACAAUGCCGGAUUACAGUGAUUAUGAAGUAAUCGUAGGAACAACAAAAGGAUCUAUAUUUCAUUAUGAUUUUCGUGGAAAAUCAACAUUACCGGUAAAAACAUUUAGAGGAAGCACUGGUUCAGUAAAAUCAGUGUCUUGUAUAACUUAUUUAAAUCAAAUGCAUGUAAUGAGCAUCAGUUUGGACUGCCAUCUAAGAAUACACAAUUUUAUCAGUGGUGACCUCACUAUUCAGGAUUAUAUUGUAGCCAAGCCAUUAGCAUUAUUGAUCAAGCCAGAUGAAGCUAUAAUUUAAUUUACUUAUUUUCCUUUACUUGUAAAUAAACAAUGACCUUUUUA